CCCUCGUUCUGGCUCUGUUGCCAAGGCUACCGUACAGCCUCUUGCUGCAUAUACCUAGACGAGGCUGUCGCCUGUGGAGCUGUGGGAUAACAGCGGUCUCUUCAGAUUGCGGUGUGUCGAAGGGUUGAUCUGAGAGGGUGGAAGGAUAGUGCUGUAAAGAGAAGCACACCGAGGACUGAUUCUAUCACACAACAUGGCCGACAACUGGUGGUUGCCACAGGUUACAGGAUUUGACCUGAUCAUGUGAUCUGACUUCCUUCCUGUAGACCUUCCAUAGGGGGAUCAUGAACAGACGUCUGAGCAGCUCGACCCGUUCCCAGACGGAGGACUCCAUCUUCCUAAAGCCAGAUGAAGACCCCAUGUGGCUGGACGACCUCCCAACGACAGACAACAACUUCUCUCAACCAGGGGAUGGCUCCCCAAGCCCUGAUGCAAACCCAGGACGGGGGAACAGCCCCCCAAAGGACCCAGAGAAACUGUGGAGGGACACGUUUUACAUAGUUGUCAUGGGGAUGCACUGGUGUGCCGUGCUCUGCACCAUUUCCCAAAUCACGGGUUAUUGGGUCUUCUUUAUGGUGGAUGGUAACGAGUUGUUCCCAGCCUUCUACAAAGCCUUGCAGCUCUUAGACUUCUACCUGGGCGUCCUCCUAUCAUUCAACCCUGUGUUUGGAGUGGACUCUGUGUGCGUGUUGGUGGAGAUGGAGAAGACCAAGAACUACUGGCUCCUCCACGCCACUGAAGGCAUCGGCAUGGCUGUCAUUAUCUUCAUGAUCUACCGCAUUGUGUGUAAGUUGGGGUACGGUGAAACGUGGUGGUCCACGACGGUGGUGACUAACCAUGGGGACAGACGUCAGUCAGUGAGUCGCCAGCCUUCCUUCACCCUGUCAGAGUGGACAGACGCCCAGGAGGACCUGAUGGACCUAGAAGCUGAACCCCAGACACCUGUCUUUGACCUGGGUCUGGACACUAGGACGGAGGGGGACAUCACCACCCUCUCUGUUACACCUGUGGGCCUGCAAGAGAGGAGGGGCUCUAACGUGUCCCUGACCCUGGACAUGUGUUCUCCUGGCUGUACGGAGCCCUAUGGCUACGGUGCCCAGCUCUCCCCCAGAGACCAGACUGCCAAGGAGUACCUGAGAGAGGGAACAAAUACACUCAGCCCUGCCCAGCUCCACACACGCGCUAUGGACGACCAAGCCCUACAGGCAGAGUUCUAUGAAACUCCCAUGAACUUUGUGGACCCAAAGGAGUACAACUACCCAGGCCUGGUGAGGAAGAACCGCUAUAAGACCAUUCUGCCCAACACACACAGUAGAGUGAUCCUCCAGACAGCAGAUGAAGAUGAAUUCCUCAGGACCUACAUCAAUGCUAACUAUCUACAGGGUUACGGGGGUGAGGAGCGGGCGUACAUCGCUACCCAAGGUCCUACAGUCAACACGGUGGGAGAUUUCUGGAGGAUGGUGUGGCAGGAACGCUGUCCUAUCAUCGUCAUGAUCACUAACCUAGAGGAGAAGAAUGAGAAAUGUACAGAGUACUGGCCUGAGGACUCUGUGUCCCAUGAGGGCAUCCUGAUCACGGUUGUCACGGUAACCCAGGAGGAUGACUACAGCCUGAGGGUCUUCACUCUGAAGUGUGAUGGAGAGGAGCGCAGCCUCAGGCAGUACUGGUACACUUCCUGGCCUGACCAGAAGACACCGGACAAAGCCCCGCCCCUCCUGGAGCUGGUACAGGAAGUGGAGCAGGCAAGAGAGGAAGCUCUGCCCACCAGCGGCCCUGUCAUUGUCCACUGCAGUGCUGGGAUAGGUCGGACAGGCUGUUUCAUCGCCACCUCCAUCCUGUGUAAACAGCUGAGGAGUGAGGGCGUGGUCGACAUACUGAGGACUACCUGCCAGCUCCGCCUCGACAGAGGCGGGAUGAUCCAGACGGGUGAGCAGUACCAGUUUGUUCACCACGUCCUCAGCCUGUACGAGAAGCAGCUGUCCCACACUGCAGAGGAGUAGAGCACCACACCUGUACCUCCAUCUUAAUGUCACCCUUUAACGCACAGACAACAACAACAUCCUGCCCACUUCCAUUUCAGAGGCCCACAUACGAAAAGCCCAAUCUUGAUUUGAGAACUUUGCUUAUAAGGCAAAACAGAAACUGCUGAGGUUGAAGUUUCAUUAUGCUGCCAGAAAUUAAAUAAAACAACUGCUAUGAAUGAAAACUAUUUUACUGAUUUGCUUUGCGGACGAUGCUCUAAAAGUAGUGAUGAUGAAACGUUCUGUCACUUCUAACUCAAACGUUUGUUUUCACACUUGCCAGAGGUCUAUCCGGGAUAUCUUAUCCGGUAUGCCCUAUCAAGUGCCAGUUCAUUUUGGAUUAUUCAGAUUCCUCCAGAUCAGAAAAUGUUCAGCCUAUAUUAAAACAGUGAUGUUAAACAAUCGCACAGUGAGGAGUCACAUGUUCGUCUGAAAUGUAAGCAUACCAAACUAUCCCCUAUGAGCAGGAUGAAAAGACAUGCUCACUGGGUCUCUUUAUGUUAAAACAGUAAAGCAGGCCUUUCAAACUCCUGGUGCAGUCAGGAGUCACCUCAUCUUCAGUUUGAAUGGUGCUCCGUGUUCAUUACCAUUGACUGAGCCAUGUACAAUAGAACUCUACAGAACCAUAGAGGAAUGUAACCAUUAGGUAACUAGGCAUUGUGUGCAGUCCCUACAGUAUUACAGUGUCAUGUGUAUGUGCAGUCAGUCUGUCAUCAUCAUGACCUCCAUGGUGUCAUCAUGACCUCACACAGAGGCAUCAUGUGACCACCGAGACUGAGGGGGCGUGUGCAUGUCUCAUCUCCUGAGUUCACACAUGAGCUGUUAGGACCGUCACAUAGUGGAAGAAUCCAGAGAUAGAGGACUAGCAAAACUUGCCCCUGUUCUUUUUUUAAAGGUGUAAAAUAGCCUGGGUGCCAGUCUGCAUCGGCUCGGUGACAAGCCCUUAUGGAAUUGUCAUGCCUUGACCAUAACAAUGGAGUCAGCAAAAGCACAAACAGGUCUGGGACCAGGAUAGGAGUAAAUCAGAUAUGAGCAGAAAAGUACAAAUGUAAAGGCUGCGAGAAGAAACAACACUUCAAACUGGAGUUUAUCUUAACCCUAUUUGAUGGUUUUCCUUUCUUAGUUGUUAUUUCCCCUCUCACAAAGGAUAGAUGCUGGGAAAACCUGACCCCCCUAACCCUUCCCAUCAGUGCCCCCUCAGUGGUGUUGGGAUGAUGACACAUCUACUCUCAACAGUAGCCUAAACACAUGCGUGAUGUUAGCUGCCCAUGAUUGUUGUAUAGAUAGGCCAAGCCUAAUCCGUAUGAAGCACAACAGACCAACGAUGGUUGUGUCUCUGAUGUUCAGCUGUAAAUGUUCUUUUCUGUAUCGUGUUUUGACUGUGUUGACUUAAAUGGAUUGCAUGUGCUGUAUGGGACUCUCGUAAGUCCACAAUCAAAGCGAAGUGAUUGGUUGUCCAGCUUUCCGUUGUGUAAGGGUUCUCCUAUUAUGUUGCAAUGCUUUUGAUACAGUUUGCUUUUGUGAAACCAACCAGAGAUAUUUUUAGAACAUUUUGAUACAAUCCUUUCGAGUAGAUGCCUUGUGUAUAAUACCACUUACACCACAAUGGAAUGUAGCUCAUACUGUGGUCAAACCAUUGGUUUAUAUCGCAAGAUUUGACAGAUAAAAAAAAUGUGACAACUAACUAAGUUACCUUACAACAACAAGAAAAAACACAGACUAUGUUUUGUCUACAGUAUUACUUUGAUGCCUCUCGGCUUUGCUUUAAUAUGCUUUGCUUUAUGUGUCCAAGAUUUUAUCUUGUUUUCAGUUUUCACAGAGUCCUUAAACAUUCCCCAUAUCAAUUUAAUUACAUAAGGAAAAUCACACUGUGGUUUCACUCUAAAUGUUCACGCUGUAGUUAGGACAUGGAGUGUGGUUUCUCUUCAAUGCCAAUGUCCAUGAGAGGAACAGCUUGCAGCCAUGGUUUAGAUGUGGUUAACACCUCCAAUACUUAAUAUUCUGACCUACAGUGUGGUUUCUCUUGGUGUGUAACUGAUUGAAUUGGGGCCUGUGACUCUUGGCCAGACUGGCUUCACAACAACAUGAGAAAUAAUAUGAGCUAUGUGUAUGGCAGCUAAAACAAUGAUUAAGAGUUGUAUGUAAGAAAUCUCUAACAACUUUUAUCUUGAUUGAAUACAACUGGUCAAUUACAGCGAACAUCACCAGGAGACAAUCACCUUGUUUUGGUUUUAAAGGCAUCUCAAGAAAUCAGCACUAGUACUUCAUCCUCUGAUUUGAAACUGACAAAAUGUUGAGUUUUGAAGAUGGAAAAUAGUUGAAACUUGGAGAAGCUGGAAAUUAAACUGUGAAAUCCUUUCUUGAUAACGCUUAUUGCAAUUGAUCCAACAGCUUCACUUUGAGUGCUUGUUUCCUGUGCUGACCGGGUCUCAUUCUCGUGAUGUAAAAGAAGAUAGGUCAAAUUGAAAUAGCCAAUCCAGUGUGCAAAAUCGGUUGAAUAGACGUGGAAAAUAUGUCUCUUUGGAUGAAAAGAUGUUGAAAGUACAUCUUUUUGGUUGAAAAUAUGUUGAAAAUACAUUUUUUGGGAUGAAAAGAUGUUGUAAAGGUGUCCUUUUGGUUGAAAAUAAAUGUAAAGCCAGUUUUCAACCAGUUCUGCUCACUGGGAAAAUAUCAGACAUACUCCAACCAACCAGCAAACAACCUACUCCUCUCCUCUGCUACUACAGUAUUGCUUUAAGUUGUGAGUUUUUGCAUCCAAAUAAAAGUCGAUUUUCAUGAA